AUGCUUGGCACGACGUCGCUGGUUGAGCUCUGCGCCACGCAAGCCGCGGACAGCUGCGCUGUCGACGAGAUCGCGGCCGCAGUGACAUGGCUGCCGACCGAGGCCAUCGAGCGUGUUUGGGCGCACAUGUCAGCAAAGAAGCUGCGGGAGCUGGAGCUGGCGCUGCCGUCGGCCUGUCCCGACGACACGGCCGCUCUCCUCGACGCACUGCAAGCGCAGUGGCGAGAGCGCAUCCGUCGCGACGUCCGGAGCCUCAACCACAAGCUGGACUCGAGCAAAUACUUUGCCAAUGCGUCCGAGGCGACGAC